AUGCUCCUUCGAUCAGCGAGAUCAAUCCCGCUGUCGCUUGUACUUCUCCUUGUCUUCCUGGUCUUCUUGGGAUUCCAACUCAGUCAGGGACCAAGCCAUGAGAAACUUCCUCCGCCACCACCCGCACCCGAGGAUAAGCCGCCUGUGGAACACAAGAAGCCACGAGUUGCUGUUGUAACCUUUACUACACAGCAGCAAUCCUACAUUCACCUUUCGAUGAAAAACAAAGAUCACUACGCGCGCAGGCAUGGCUAUGACUUCGUUGCCGACUAUGAAGCGCACUCUUCGACGGGAAAUCCUGUUUACUGGAAGUUUGACAUGGUUGAGAGGCUCAUCAAAUCCAAGAAAUACGACUGGAUAUGGUGGAUAGACUUCGACACGCUCGUCACUAACACGGCAGUCAAACUCACCUCUAUCAUUGACGAGGAGCUGCAGAAGGCGAGUAAUCCAGAUGAGGUCGACUUCAUAUUCUCACACGACUGCAAUGGCCUAAAUUUAGGCUCCUUUAUCGCCCGCGCGCAUGACCGAUCCCUCGGGUUCUUCCGCCGUGCACUUGAACUACACGAUGACCCCCAGCAGAGUUACAGCGAGCAGGACGCCAUGGUUCAGCUCUUGAAAGAGAAGCCAUAUAUGCACCGAAACGUCGUGGCGCCACAAUCGAAAUUGAAUGCCUACCCCGAGGAGAUAAAGUGCUUCGAGGAUCCGGAUGGCCAAUGGAAGCCAGGCUACUUCGUCAUUCAUUUUGCAGGAGCUUGGGCACAUGUUGAGGGCGAAGAUCCAACCGGCCAGCUCAUGAACCAGUACGAGGACAAGAUACUUUGGGGUGAAUGGGAGCAGUUCUAUUGA